CCGGAUCUGGCGGCGCCGGCAAGCGGGGCGGCGUUCCGGAGCGCCCCGGGAGCGGCGGGGGGGGCGGGCGGGAGGGGGGGGUCCCGGGCGGGGCCGGCAUCGCCGCGGCUGGCUGCGGCCGCGGUGGCGGCGGCAAGCCGCCUCGCCUCCCCUCGCCGCCCCUCGCCUCCCCCCCCCCCCCCCCCCCCCCCCCCCCGCUCCGUCUCCGGGAAGGGCGCGGGGAGCUCCGCGCUUCCCCCCCCCCCCCCAACCUCGGCGCGGCGGCGGAGUUUGCGCCGGCGGCUCCCGGGGGUGCGAUGCCGUGUUAGGCGGCGGCGGCGGCGGGAAGGGGCGCGGGUUACCGGGGCUGUGGCUGCCACCAUGGGCACCGCCGGGCUGGGGGGAGCGGCGGCCGCGCUCCCUGCGCGCCUCGGCUGAGCCCGGAGAUGUGCCGGCGCCCUGCGGGAAUAAUUUGGGAAUAGCGCGGAGCGGUCCGAGGAGGACGAGCGGCACAGCGUUUCACCAGCUGAGAGGAGGUCGCCCGGCCGUGGUGUAUAGACAAAUAUCACUUGCUGUGUCAUAGCACAUGGAUUUCAGGACCGCCUGUGAAGAGACAAAGACAGGGAUUUGUUUGCUGCAGGAUGGUAACCAGGAGCCUUUCAAAGUGCGACUGCACUUAGCCAAAGAUAUUCUGAUGAUCCAGGAGCAGGAUGUGAUCUGUGUGUCUGGUGAGCCUUUCUAUUCUGGUGAAAGAACAGUAACAAUUAGAAGACAGACUGUAGGAGGAUUUGGAUUAAGUAUAAAGGGUGGAGCAGAACAUAAUAUUCCAGUGGUUGUUUCCAAGAUUUCCAAAGAACAAAGAGCGGAACUUUCGGGUUUGCUCUUUAUAGGAGAUGCCAUUCUACAGAUUAAUGGAAUUAAUGUGAGAAAAUGCAGGCAUGAAGAAGUGGUUCAGGUCCUUCGCAAUGCAGGGGAAGAAGUGACCCUAACUGUGUCCUUUCUGAAAAGAGCACCUGCUUUUCUCAAACUGCCCCUGAACGAAGAUUGUGCAUGUGCCCCCAGUGACCAAAGCAGUGGCACAUCCUCUCCCCUGUGUGACAGCGGCUUGCAUCUCAACUACCAUCCCAACAACACGGAUACAUUAUCAUGUUCUUCAUGGCCAGCAUCCCCAGGACUUAGAUGGGAAAAAAGGUGGUGUGAUCUCCGAUUAAUUCCACUUCUUCAUUCACGGUUUUCCCAGUACCUUCCGGGAUCAGAUUUGUGCAGGCAAAAUGCGUUCCAAGUAAUUGCUGUGGAUGGGGUUUGCAGUGGAAUAAUUCAGUGUCUCUCUGCUGAAGACUGUACUGACUGGCUACAAGCAAUAGCAAGUAACAUUUCCAACCUUACAAAGCACAAUAUAAAAAAAAUCAACAGGAAUUUUCCCGUAAACCAGCAGAUAGUCUACAUGGGCUGGACAGAAGAACGGGAACAAGACUCCCUUCAGGAUCGAAUGUACACACCAAAGUUUCUAGCACUGAGGGGAUCUUCCCUGUAUAAAUUUAUAGCACCUCCAGUCACAACCUGGGAUUGGACACGAGCUGAGAAAACAUUUUCAGUUUAUGAGAUAAUGUGCAAAAUUUUCAAGGACAGUGAUCUACUGGACCGGCGGAAACAUUGCUUCAGUGUCCAGUCUGAAUCUGGAGAAGAUCUUUACUUUUCUGUGGAACUAGAGUCUGACCUAACGCUAUGGGAAAAAGCCUUCCAAACAGCAACUUUUUUAGAAGUUGAACGUAUACAGUGCAAGACGUAUGCCUGUGUUUUGGAGAGUCAUCUGAUGGGGCUUACCAUCGACUUUAGCAUGGGCUUUGUCUGUUUUGAUGCUGCCACAAAGGCUGUACUGUGGAGGUACAAGUUUUCCCAGCUCAAAGGUUCUUCAGAUGAUGGGAAGAGCAAAAUCAAAUUUUUGUUCCAAAACCAAGAUACUAAACAAAUUGAAGCAAAGGAGCUGGAGUUUUCCAACCUGUUUGCAGUCCUUCACUGUAUUCACUCAUUCUUUGCAGCCAAAGUGGCUUGUUUGGACCCUUUGUAUGUAGGCAGUCAAGCCACAGCUUCUGCUGCUCCCACAACUUCUGGUUCUGGCAAAUUGAAGUAUACUACUUGACAUCUCGCAUUAAAGCACUGCCACUUAACAACAGGACAUAACGAUGUAUAAAUAUUCAUAAGAUGUAGACCUUUGGUGAACCAUGUACAUGGAAACCAAUCCUGGAGGCAAGACAUCUUGCAGCAUCAGCAGAUAAAUGGUCACGUGGGAUCAUAAAUUCAUCUCUGUUCUGCAAGACAUCGGUAAAUAAUCUUAGUCGAAACCCCAGAAUAAGAUGGAUAUGCUUUUAGUAUGAUCUAUUUGUACUUACAUAGUGCUUUAAGCAACACUGGAAGCAAAGGAAAAAAUGAUGAAAUCAAGCACUUUGAUAUUUAAUAAAAUUUUCAAAUUGCUGUAAUAAUACACAAAUAGAAAUGUCAUUUUCCUGUUUUCAGAUGUUUUUUUUAUGACAAUAUACUAAACUCUGAGUAUGAACUUAACACCCUAUCAUUAUAUUAUAAAUGACAUAAGAGCAAGCAACAAGCAUAUAUUACAUGGUGACAAGGAGAUAAGCAUGAAAAGGCAUUUGUGUAAGUAUCUCCUCAAAUAAGAAAGCACUUUAAGCACUGUUGUAAAUCCAUACUUGUGUCCAUACAUGGCGUCAUGCUACUUUUUCUAUUUUGUUCUUUUAGUCUAAUAGCCAUAUUGGACUGAUACAUUAAAAAAAAAAAAAAAAAACAAAAAAACAAAAAACAACAACAACAAAAAACAAAACCAAGCUACAAAAAGCAAAAUACCUUUCCAUGAGUAAGUCCCUCUUCUUCAAGUAAAAACAAUGCGAUAUGAAUUUAAAUAACAAAUUAAGUGCAAAUGCGUAAAAUAUCCUGUUUGCUAUUUACUUCCUCCCAUUUUUUGGUCAGGAAUUAAAUUCUGUAAAUCUAAUAGUCUUUGUUCACAAGACUCAGUUGUUGAAUUUGUUUCAGAAACAAUCCACCUAAUACAUUGUUUCCAUGUUUAACCUUGAUUUCACAUCAUAAGUGGGAAGUCUGUUCCAUUCAGGCUCUCAACAAAUAGACACUCUACAUUAUGCUUGACAAAUGAGUCCACCCUUUGAAUUCUUAAUAAUUUUUUUUUUUAUAUUGUUACUAAAAGACAGGAGUAAAUUAAACAACCUGUAAAGAAUAGAUGACAAAAUGCAAAAUUUCUUUGUAUGCUAAGAAUAUUUCAUCACUCUGGACCACAUAUUAGUUCCAGAGUAUCAUUUAAUGAUGAAAUCCGAGGGAGUUGUAAAUUUAAAAUUAACAAAUGUAUUUAAAUAUAAUUUUGCAAAAUAAUUUAAUUUUUUGCUAUUACACACAUCAGUGAAGCCUGAAAAAUGAUGGGAUCAUGUGUUGGAUAUACCUGAAACAACAGAAAUAGCGAGGGGUUUUUUUUUGCCAGACAGGAUAAGAGAGCCUAAAAAGGAAGUUUAGGAGGUGCAGCUACAGUUUGUGCAUAACAUUUUAAAUAGUUCUUUGUGGGGUUUCUAUUUAUUAUAUUGAAAUAAAUACAUCCUUUUUUAUUUUUUUUUUCCCCCCACACUUAGACUUGUUAUAAAAACACAUAGCACAUAAGGGUUAUGGAGACCAUCUGCCUUGUUUAGCAGAAAGACUAGUUGUCACAUCCCCUUCUACAUAUUAAGAUAAUUAAAACUUCAAAAGUGAAGCCAGAGGGAAGCUUUUUCAAAAUGGGAACAAUUCAAAAUGCAAGGCAGGAACAGAAGAUGAAUGAACUGUAGGGACAAAUCACGGUUCUGUUUGUCUGCUUUGAAUUGGAAGUAUUUGGAUUUAUGUGUGUGAGAGUAUCCUUGCCUUGAAGUAUAGCUGAUCUCACUCAUUACUAGUUCCAAAUAAUCUGAAAAUAUAUUUUCUGGGGACCCUUUUAUCACUUUCAAAUGACUUUCAGUACAUGCUCACUUAUUAGUACACCUCCAAAGGUUACACAUUUAUUUUCCGAGCUAACUACAAUGGAAUGAUGCCAUAAUCCAACUAUAAAACGCUUUAGGUGUCAUCAAAAUCCAACAUUUUCACAGUCAUCAUCGUGUGUUUGUACGAAUUGUCCCUAAAUACGGGGAUCACAUCCUGGUCUCUGAAGACACAUAAAACUACCGUGGCUGUCCAUGGGAUCUUGAGUUUUGUUCCUGAGAUAGUACAAACCCCAGAUAUUUUGAAUCUAAACUACAACAGUCUAAGGGGUGUAAUGACGGUGACUCAGGAACUGUCUUUGCCAAGAAAGCAUGUACUGGAAACACAAUUUUUGACAGAGCACUGACAACUCUGAAAACAGAAGCCCGAUAUCUGUUUGUGACAGUUCUCCUCCUCCGUGCUUGCCAAUCGUCUCCUUCCUUUGAGUGCGCUGCGGUGGCAUUCAGCUAGCCCAGGGCUGGCCCGCGCUAACACCUCUGCUGGUAAUAGCAGAAAACUAAUCAGCUGCCAGUUGAAUGUUUUCCCUUCAACUGUUCAUGUUAGGUACGCAGUUGCACACUGAAACUGAGAGCUGUUUAAGGGGGGGGGGUGUUGUUGUUUAAUGUUCUUAAAUGAACAUAACGUUUACCCAAAACCAGCAGAAAGUAUGUCACUGGAAAUUGCUGUAGAUUAAGGCCUGCCCCCCUUCCUCCCCGCCCCCACUCAGGCACUCCUUCCCCCCCCCAAAAAAAAUGCUCCUUGUGCAGAACUGAGCUAAUGACAUGAACUUUGGGGACUCCACCAGGGUAUCCUAAAGAUCUCUGUCAGGUAUUCUGUUUGUAGAACUGCUGUAUUCAUCAAUGAGACUUUUGUAACUGGGCAUUAAAUACACAGCAUUCAAGAGACAAACAUUAGCCUGAUUUUUUUGUUUCUUUUUUUUUCUAAACCCCUGUGUUUCAAAGAGCUAAACUGGGGGGGGGCUUAAUCAAUACUUUUAUUUUCAAGCAGAUAAAAGUGAUGUUGUGAGAAUAUAAAGUGCCACAGCCUUGGCUGCAGGUCAGCGUUGGUUUGUAAGUGCUACUGGGGUUUGGGCACUGACCUCACAGAACAUUCCAAGGUGACUCUGCGUCCAGGCUUGACCGUUUAGAGGAGGUUGGUUGGAAAUUCAGUCUUGAAACAAAGAGAGAAAAUUUCAAGCUCUGUGUUAUAACUAAUACCAAAAUAGCAAAAUGUAAUUUACAAGCAUAUUAAAUGGCUAUAUUUUUCAUUUAAAUACCUACUGGAGAUUUCCAUUUAAAGCAUACUGAAUUUCAUACACACAUGUCAAAACCCAGGCUUUAUGUUGCAGCCUCUCAUUUCACACGUGACAUAUAAUGAGUACAAGUAUUUUGUAAGCCAAACCAGCCCAGUGACAAUGAGGAGACACAAUUAUAAUGAGCUAUCAGCUUUUGCUAAAAACCUGUAUGCAAGUGAAGGCAAAUAUUCUAACAGAAAAGAGCAAACCAACCAACCCAUACUGUACAAUAUGAUCCGUUCUCUUUAUGUCAUUAUAUUCUUAAAUAAGUUUAAUUAAAAAAAAAAUUCUUUAUGGUACUGUGCCUACUGAAGUGAUGUUAUAUAGUAUACCAAAAAUAUGUACUCUUAAGUAUAACUAUAUUUGGUUUAAUUUGCUUUGUUUUCUGAUGGAAAUUUUAGAUGGUCUGACCUUCACAGAACUAACCAUAUGCUAGGUGUUAGCUUAAUUUUAUUAUGAAAGUGUUAUCAAAUUGAAUACACAUUAUUAUGGAUUUAAUCGGUGAAUGAAUAUGUUUCAUUUCCUAUAUCUGUUUAAAAAUACAGUUCCAGAUUUUCAAAAGAGCUUUGCAUUCCAGUAACAUGAAGGCACCUUUGAAAUAAAAAGCACUGUAUUUUUAAAUGUUGGCCAUUUUACUUUGUUAAUUAAGUGCAGGAAGAAGUUUGUGGAGACAAACUAGUUGUAAGUGGGUUAUUUUUUAAAAACCAGCGAUUUGAAGUUUUGUCUAUUCAAACUAGGAUUCGUAAGAAUGCAAACCAAUAAUAUACAGUAUCAAUAAGCUUUGAGAUGAGAAUCACAAAAAAUAUAAUUUUCCAAAUUAGUCCUUGAUUUCACAAAAAUAUAUUUAUUUAUUUAUUUUGUACACGUAGACUUUAUCAGAACACUUCAAAAUGGACAGUUAAACAUGAGUAGGUAUUUGUCAGUACCACAGCCUAUUACUUUAAAUGUGAUUUGGUUUAUUCAAUGCUUAAGAUGUUUCUUACAUCAAACAAAAUAUUAAAAAUGCUGAAGAUCAUGUGAAUGUAGAGUUGUUGCCCUUAGAAAUUGAGCAGCUUUGCUACAUAUUGUCUAAGUACCCUUGGGUAUUUCCUAUGUCAAAAAGAAAGACCAGUUUUCAUUCUGGUAUGGCAAUCGCAAGGAACCUUUUGGAAAAUAUAAUUUUAUUUAUAUUAAACACUAAUCCUUGUAUCGCACUUUCUGUUUCCUUGCAGGGUCUGGUCUCUGAAAAAGUGUAGUGGCAAAGUUUAAGCUGGUUUUAAAACGUUCAACCUCAGGCAGUUAUGAGUCUGUAUUUUGGACUCACACCUCUUACCAGUUCUGCACGAUGAGUGACAUGCAACUCUCACCCAAGCUCCUGAAGUUUAAGUUGCUAUCUUAGAUGCCUAAGGGAGGGCUUGGGGCUUUCAAAAUGGAAAUACAAGGCAGGAACAUAGCUCAGGAUCUCUGGAGGUGCACGUGUGUGUGUGUCUAUGGGGAGCUAGAGGUGCUUCUACGUUAGUGUUUUCUUUUCAUCAGGAACAUGCUUCUGAAGCCGAGCUCCCGCCUGCUGCCGCUCACUGUGCUGUUCAUAACGCAGGGCAGUCUGUAAGCACAUGAACUGGGGUUUUAGGAUGAAACUAAGCGAGAAUCACACCUAUACGGGUUUCAGGCCCCGAUGGGCUUUCAGAUCCCUUGGCCUAACAUAAAUGAGCCCAGAGGAGAAAAAACCCUGAGAUGCUAACAGCAAGGCUGCCAGGUCCUGGUGCCAGCCGUUUCUGCCUCUGCAGCGGCUGCUGCUCAUGCACUGUGGGUGCUUGAAGGACCCUAGGAAGCUGAACUUCAAAGUAUAGCCCACCAGAGCUUAGUGCUUGAAGGGGGACGCUGCGCUGCUGGGUGCUUGAAGGCUGAUGGGUGCCCAGGGCAGGUUAUUCUGCAUCACCUUUUCCCCUCACCACACUGGGACACUGCUGACUGCAAUCAGGUCACCCCACGCUGGUCAGCCCUCUCCCUGCUGCGUGUUUCUCCCCACCUACCACAAAUACACACCUGAAUAUUUGCUCUGAGGUCCCCAGGCACACUCCCCUGUCCCUUCACCUCCUUUGCUCAGACAGAUGGUAAAACUGUACUCUCAGCUACAUGACAGAGCCUCUAAACCUCUUAGGCAGAGGACAUCAUUAAGGAUUAUGCCAAGGGCAUCCGUGUACCACUAAUAUUGCUUGAGGGUGUGAUUAACAUUCAGGUUAAAGCAAAUAAAGUCAUAUAUGGACUUAAGUGCUUUCCUGACUUGGAGGGUUCUUAAGUGCAAUUUCAGUAUUUUCCUGGAAUAAGGUCUGUAACGUUAACACACUUCUACUUGGUUGGUUCCAUUUUAAGGAAGUUUAGCAGAGGUAGUGGUUCAUAUUCUGUUGGAACCAUAGAGGAAAGUAUAGGAACACUGGAAUAAAAAGAAAUUUUGGUUUGGAUUCUGUAUAUUAUUACAGUACAUUACAUAAUCUAUAAAACACAUUGAACAACAUCAAAUUUAAUGCUCUCAUUUACGUAACCUAGUCAGCUUUCACUAUGGUGUACAAGACUUCCACUUUCAACAACUUUCUCCACAAGAAUCCCAACUAUAUAUUAUAGAAAUUAUUUUAUUAUUCAGUAUAUACUAAUAUAUAAUGCAUAGUGUGUGUAUGUGUGUGUGUGUGUGUGUGUGUGUGUAUAUAUUAGUAUAUACUAAUGGAAAAUACUCAGUAUAUAUUAAUGAAAGUUACAUCUUAGGUACAUCUAUAGAACAGAAGUAUAAAUCUAUGAAGCUUUACAUUUAAAAACUUCAUCUUAUAAUACUAUAAAGAAAAAUAUGUAUAUUAGUUGAAGAAAUGGCUAUUUUUGCAGGAUAUGCACAAUCUGGGUAUACAAUAAUAAAUUGAUAAACAUCAACCAAUUUACUAUUUCAUACUUCCAGGAACUUUGAUUUUUUAAUUAUUCUUAUCCCUUUAGCAUAUUUGCAAUAUAUGUCAUAAGUUUUAAUUUGUUAUGGAUAAAAUGACUGAAAAAAUGUAAUAGAAAGUGCUAUAUAUUUUAUAAAUAUUAAAAAUUGAAGAAACACUAUUAAAAUUAUUUAUUUCAUUUUUAGUUAUGGUUUUGUGGUUGUUUGUAAUAUGUAUUUGUGAUAAACAUAAGUCACCUAGUGGUUUAAGCUCAUUAAUGUAUCACUAAUAAAAUGCUAUCUUCUGUUU